ACAUUGAACUGUACUUCACUUAUGACAAAAUUAGUUUGACAAUCCGAUUGUCUAUGUUGGUUGUCCACCUGAUAAAACAUCUGUCUGUGUCAAUUCAACCUUAAACUGCACACUUCCGUCUCGUUGCACCUGUCGUUUUACUGUGUCCUCCUGGUGUGCCGGUUGACCGUGUUGUUGUGCAUGUCGUCCUCCUGCCUGCCCAUCGCGCUGGCAACAUCUGACCGCAUUCAUCUGUCCCGUACUCCUGUGUUUCAGCGAUCACGCUUUCAGUUAAUACCUCCAACACCGCCAUUACUGUUAUUUUUUCCAGGCACCUUAUCAAUAUGACACUUAUAAAAGUAAUCACAUAAACAGGCAAAUCGUAGCUAAUAAAUAAUGAUAACAGCAAAGUAGUAAAAGUGUUUAGAGUUUAUUGAAGAAAUUUUUAUAAAACAAUAAUAAUAAAAUAACAAAAUAGCGGCCCAGUUUACAUAAACAUUACCUCAGCUUCCUGCAGGAGUAAAUAAGGUUUAAGUGGUAGGAAAUGUGAGUUUAAUAAUGCAAGUAAGGAGAGUGCUGAAUGAAUUGAGUCAAAUUAGCUACAUUAUACACAGAAUUAAUGUUGUGGUGAAAUGCAAAUACUUUGUGCACCAUCAACCUUCCCACUGACACAUUCAUCCCUCUCAUUUAAGCUGCUCACCUUCCACCAGCAGAGGACUAAAUUUACCAAAGAACGGCUGAACCAAACAUUUCAUACAUGAAGUGACCUCAUUACAGAUACAGAUUAUCACCUAUAUACUAUUCUCCUAUAUACUAUUAUUGAAAAAUGAACCAGGCACACCAAUCAAUUUAGGAAAUAAGCAAUGAUUUCAGUUGAUAUCCAACACAGGAUCAUACAUGCAAUACAGAUACCAAUACAGAUUUUAAAUGCCAUCAUAUACAUUAUCUAUGGGCUGAAUACACAUUUCAGAACAUCAUCACAACAACAUCACAAAUUCAGCUACAGUAUCCCAAAUCCCUCCUUCUCCCAAUUACUUUUUGUUUGCACUUUCCUGAGUUUGUGCUGUGUUGAGUGUCAUGUGUGGGAAGUGUCUUGUCCUGUUAAAUGUUGUAGUGGAGUAUUGGAGUGUUGUGUUCUGUUGUACCUGUAUUUAUCCCUGUAGUAGGAAAUCAAAUCUGACAGAAGAGGGGAAUGUAGUUACCAAAGAAAGAAAUCAGAAGGCAUAUUAGAUACAACAGAUCCAUACAUGCACAAGGUUAGAGUUAGUUUUUUACCCCAAAUUUCUUAAAUACCUUAAAGUAGCUUGUUGAUUACACAUGCAGCUUUAAAACAGAAUAUAAAUGUCCAUCUAUUAUCACAGCCAGACGAAGAUGAAUAGCUAAGGUCAGCUUUAUUCGCCUUAGCUGGGCAGCUAAGCCUCAUAGCAGUGCGGCUACGACACGUCUAUUAAGUGCGCCGAGGCGUUCGAUUAUCGGCGUUUGACGUCAGAUUCUUAUAGUUGCGUUAAAGCAUUUUAAAUGUAGUUUUAGCAUUAGUCGCUUACAGUAAAUGCACAUUUGUAAAGUUUCCUGUCGUUUAUUGUGCGCCACCCCGUUUGUUUCCACGGUAACAUAAAUGUUACAUCAUCAACAGUAAUCAUUCUUAGAAGACACACAACAGCUAACGUUGGCUAAAGUUAAUGUCUCGUCACUGUCACUUAAUUUAACCUUUUUUUCAGCGAGAGUUUGGUUGUUAGCUGCUCCGCAAGCAAACGUGUGGACAUCAGUUUGAACCAUAGACUGCAGUCUAACAAAAACUGUACUUUGAAAUAGCUGCAGUUUCAGCGGAAGUAAACAUUUGCUUGAAUCUUUUAGUUUUGUUAGCUAGAUAGCUAAUUCCAAAAAGUUGUAUUCGUUAGCACGAAGUGAGGAAUAAGAGAUGGUAUUAUUUUAAUAUUAAGUUAGUAAUACUGUUACUUAGGUGACAUUUAAUCCUUGUUAAUGGCUUUGAAACCACUAAGCCAUAUAAAGGGUGAAAUGGAUCAGACAGUGGCUUGCAGCAACAGCCGUUACACCAUAAGGACAGAUCUCAGCUUGCUGCUUGAGUGUCUGAAGUUUCAGAUGAAAUGUCCUGAUUUACAGAAACAAGCUCUUCUCACCAUUCACUCAAUCUGUGAAAACAGAGAGGAUAACGUGGACCUGUUGAGAGAAAUGGGAGGAGUGGUGUUUGUGUAUAACCUCUCCAAAUCAAGUAUUGUUCAUUCAGAUGUCAAGGAGACUGCACUCUUUACGCUUUGCACACUGGCAGAGGCCAACGUGUAUUGCAAGAAUUCUCUGUGCAGAAAGGAGACAUUUGCAGACCUUGCUGGUUGGUUGAUGAAAGAAGACAUCCCAUUGACACAGAAGAGAGUGUCUGUCUAUUUGCUGUCUGUGUUGGUGGCUAGUAACAAAUCAGGACAGACUUUAGCCCAAACCACCGGCUGCCUGGAUAUUCUGCUGGACCUCUUCAGGACCACUUUCCCCCUCUCCACAAAUGCUACUUCAAUCGUAGCUAAUGUUACUCACACUUACCAAUUCUGGGCAUCUGUGUCCAGUGCUCUCUGUGGAUGUGUCAACAAUCCUCAAAAUGAGGAGGGUCAGCGCAUUUGUGUGGCAGCCUUUCCUACAAUAAAAAUGUGGCUUCAACAGAUUGCUCUGCCACACACAGAGAUUUUUCAAUCAGUAUGUUCCUUCAUAGCAAUGACAGUUGCCAACAACUCCUGUGUUCAGGAGAGUUUUUCUAUCUCAGGAGGUUUGGAAACUCUCACUCAUUCACUGGUCCGUCUAGCUUCUGUGGCAGAUACAAGCGUGUUGUCUUGCCAACUUUCUGUCAUUUUAUCCAAGACCCUGUCAGCUUGUAUUGCUGAUAACCCUGUUCUGGCUUCAGGUCUGGCACAGCAUGGCAUAGUGCCCCAACUCUUCUCCCUGCUGGGAAGCCCAAACCUGGACCCUAAGGACAGGCUCUCAGUUUUACUUACCCUGGGCCACUGCACUGAGGCAUCUGAGGAGCACCAGUCCCAGUUGGUGCAGUGUGGAGGCCUGCCCCUCAUCAUAACUUUACUCACAGAGGACACAAGUGAGGAGGUUCGGAGGGCUGCUGCAUUCAUAUUACAGACCUGCAAACAGGCCACUAUGUCCUUGGGAAUGCCUGGUCUGAUAGCAAAACAUAGGGAAAAUGAAAACGCUGAGCCCUUUAGAAACAUGGAAAGCUUCAGGAACUCAGCCAGGGAGUUGCUGCUCAGAAUUGACCAGUUGGAGAAGAAACAGGCAAAGGAGGCUGAGGACGAACAGGAGAACAAAGACAUACCAACUUCAACUGAAGGGCUAGUUCUACCAUCUCUAUCUCCAACCUUACCUCUACCUCUGCAACACAAGGAGAAUAUUAAAACCAUCCCCACAGCAUAUAGACAGACCAGCACUCACAAGCGUAUAGAAGCAGGAGAUGACAACAACUUUAAACUUCAGACUGUCAGAAACAUGAUCAUGAAGGAGAAUGAGAGUGACCUGAAGAAUAUGAGCUCCAUUACUAAGAAUAUGAGCUCCAGUACUUGGGAGGAGAAGGCUGAAGCCAGUGGAAGGGAUGAAAGGUACUCAGUAAACAAGGGUACCAGACCCCAAUGUCUUCUCGUGUAUGGUCACUAUGGUGGCUUUCAUGAUUCCUUUUUCUUACGUUUUUGUUUAUUCUUUAGUGAUUUGUUUAAACCCCCAGCACCAGUUAGGCACAGUGUACCAAAGGAAAUUAAUUGUACUGACAAAGAAGAGUUACAGGACCGGGAGAUGAGUAAGGUGGGGAAAAUCGCUGCUGAGGAACAUUUGCUCUCUCAUUCUCGGUGUGCAGGCUGUGUAUUGCCUUUUGAGAAAGUGACCAGUCGCACCUUUGCAUCUCUUCAGAGCUCCUGCCCUCACAGCUGUGACAUGCACAGGGCUCUCCAAACGGCCACAGAGCAAUUCAGGACUCAUCACUGCAGCCUUCUGUUCAGGAGAGAGCUCCAGGACAACACAGUGGAGCUGACAGGUCAGGACUCUGAGAGAGUGUCAGCAGCAGAGCCACAAAGAAGCCAAGAAUACUGGCGUGAGGUCUCCCUGACUCCCAUAUGCAAAGGAGCAGGGAAAGGCAUGCAUUCCCUGCCAGAGCAGCACUGGAAGAAACACAAUGGCUUCACUUUGACUCCACUGCGCAAAGGAGCUAAAACUGAGACAUUUACCUCCUAUAACAAGACUGAGAGAAGAGGAGGGAAUAGUGGGCAUCGUGUUGAUAAGCUGAAGACUAGCACAGAUCACUGCUCCACUAGAAGGAAAAGGAACGAUUUCAGCGUUGAGGAGGUGCACUACCUACUGAGCGGAGUAAAGACAUUUGGCUUCUCGUGGAACUCCAUCUUGUGGUCAUAUCCCUUCCAACCUGGACGCACCAAUGUUGACCUGGCCAAGAAAUACAAACGGCUAACGAGAGGUAAAAGCCAGGAUGUUGGCUGUGCAUAGUACUAGUCCUGAGAUCCUGUGGCAGCCCUCUGGAAAUUAACCAAAGGCCUUCAUUCUAUCCAGUUCAAAACGCUGCUCUGUUAGUAAAAUUAUCCAAAGCAGACUUCUAAUAUAUUGUAUUUUAAGUGUUUAUUAGAUUUUUAGUAUUUUGUAUAUGGUUUGCACUCUUUCAAAUGGUUUCUGCAGCAUUUUUUUAGUGUUUUUCUUUUUGUUAUUUAUUGAAAAAUCAAAACAGGUGUUACUUAACAUUCCCUGACUAUUCUCUGUUCUUCUUUGUAUUUGAUUAAUGCAAAUAAAAUUUCAGAAACUUUUCAAAUUGAAAAUGUAGCUGCAGGCACAAUUUUUGAUGUAUAUAUUCAUAGUGUUAAAUGUCACAUGACACUAAAUCAGAAACAGUUGGGACUUCUGUAUGAAUUGUGCCAGAUUCUGAAUGGAGUAAGGUCCAUUUUAGUAAAGUGUUUGUUUUCCUGUUGCACCACCUCUUGAUGAAUCACCACAACAUUGUGCAGUGGCACUGUGUUGUAACAUGUACGUCUGCCAGAUUGGAUUGUAAUUGCACAAUGUUUUCAAAAGGGCCCAGCACCUAAUAAUCUGGCAACCACCUAUACCAAACCUAUACUGUUUUUUGCUUCUUUUAAAUAGUCAAAAUGUUCAGCAGACACCUGUUCAGUAUGGUCAUGUGACUUUACCAAGGACUCCAUGAAAAGUGUUGUCCAUUUCAGCAGUUAUGAACCAGAGCAUACCAUAAAGUCAGUUGUGUAGCAUAUUUGCAUUUGAAAGUUUUAUUUUAUUUUUAACAAGAAUAUAUUUUUAGUACAAAAAUGGAAAAUUGCACUUCUGCUUGGACCCUUAUAAAUCAUAUUUGUGUUACUUCCUUGAUAUACACUGUCACGGAAGCAAAUACCCA